AUGUGGUUACUUCUGGCAUUGUUGGAUAUAGACAGAGAAGUACCGGAGGCUUACACAAAUGUUGCAGAAUCAAAGUUUCCGAUAAAGGUGGAGGACUUCUUUAGGUACUUUUUAUCAGACAACGCUGUUAAUUUUCAUGAGUUGUUUCAUGAAAGAUGUGGAGAUAAAGACUUGAAGUGUACUUCAUGGCAGUCUCAAGAAGUUGGGUAUACCCGGGAAAAGUCAUUUCAACAUCCAAUAAAACUUUACCUUGGAGCGAAAUUUGGUGGUUGUCAUGAAGUUCAGACACUGCGAAUCUACAAGAACAGUCAUGUGGUUUUAGAGACAUCACAAGAAGUCAGUGGCGUACCUUAUGCAGAUUAUUUCCGUGUUGAGGGAUGGUGGGAUGUCCAGAAAGACAACAAUGAAUCAAAAGAGUGCUGUGUUUUGCGGGUUUAUGUGGAUGUUGCAUUUUCGAAGAACACUAUAUGGAAAGGCAAAAUAGUACAGUCAACAAUUGAAGAAUGCCGAGAAGCUUAUGCUACAUGGAUAAACAUGGCUCAUGAGUUGUUGAAGCAAAAGAACCUUGAAAAACAAGAAGAGAGCGCUCCUACUGCUGGCGGGGCACAAACUAGCGCGGUAAAUUUAGAUAGUGAACAAAUAGCCGGAGGAUCUUCAGAGAGUUCACAAGAGCCAAAUAACCCUGGAAUUCUACCCCUUACAUCUGACAUCGUUCGUUCUAAUCGCAACGUUGACAGCCAGUUGCAAGGAAAUCUGAUUGACUCAACGUCUAUUUCAUGCAUGUUAAGAGAAUGCGUGACAAAGUUCCGGUCUUGUUUAAAAAGUCAGAGCCAUCUCUCGCUAUUCCUAGUUAUCAUUUUUGCUGUUAUCUUCUUUAUGCAGCAGUUUAGCAUACUUAUACUGUUGUCGAGGCCCCAACAGAUCCAUGUGAGCACUCCAACAGAUUAUGUGAAUAGGAUGGAAUAUGGAGUGAGCAGAAGCGCUUCAGAUAUAGCUUGGUUGGAGAAAAGGAUUCACUUCCUGAAAGAUGAGAUGUACAUGAUUGAGACUAGGCUUGAGAGAAUGAGGUACGAGCAUGCCCUCUUGAAAAAGCAACUCAAAGAUCUAGAGCUAGAUAAAUAGAUCAACGGACACCCACCAAACUUUGAUUCAUGUAGUUGUUUGUUGCAUUCCUUCCUUGUAAAUAAGAAAAAUGUAAUACCUAGGCAUGAGAGAGAGGAAAAGUUAAAAAAAAAAAAAAUUGUUGCAGCAUGCUAGCUGGAUUUUCACUCGGCUUUUUGUUGAUAGAGAAAUUUCUGACUUCGCGGCCAAAAGAGAGCCAAAGGAAGCCUGCAAUGUGUAAUUUUUUUUUUAAAGUACAAAUGACAGUCCAUGGGUUUAAAUUUUUGGCUUUUGCUAA